GGUAGGAGGCUGCAAGGGAAGGUCUUCUUUCCUCUUCCCUUCAGUGCCCUGGCGAGGAAUCCUUUCCUGUGUUUUGCCACAGAGGAAAACCAGAGCCUUGGCAGGACAUUCCCAAGAGGGAUUGCAGGGCAGCAGCUGCAAGGAGCUGAAACAUAUUUUCCUGGCCGUAAUCAUAUUUUGAUAAUCCUAUUCCACCCUGGGCUCUUUUGGGGGAAGGGCAGAGUACCGGGAGAAGGCCCAGUCGCCAAUUGAGAACGCCCCCAACUUCUCUUUCGGUACCAGUUUGGCAAAAAGAGACUCCGAUUCUCUUGUUUGGAUGCUUAGCCAUCUGUGCUGGCACAAUGUUUCCCUCGGAUGUGUGCUAAGCCCUAUGAGUUUGAGAGCCACGGCUGAGGGAAGGCCAAGACGAAAUGGCCGCUGAGGAAGGAGGCGCCUCGCCAUCCCUGAGCCUGCAGUUCCGGGUUGCGCUUGGACAGCAUGGCGGUAUAAAAACAGAGGCCCAGGAUCCGGCUGACGCCAACAAUCACGAUAUCCAGAUGGUGUGCAUUGGCGAGCCUCAUGGGUGGACUGCCUCGACCCAUGUCAAGCCGGAACUGGAGGAAGUGCAUUGGGAAACCCGAGAAAAUGAGGUGUUCUUGAAGGCGAGGCCGUCCCCUCGCUCAGGGUGGGGAAGCCUGCCACCGUGUCAGGAGGCCCUGCCUUGGGACGGGGUCAAGGUGUUCCCAGCCUCCUUUGAGGGAGCGCUCACAACUUGCAAAUGGCUGGCCAGAGAGUGGGGGUCUCGGCAGAGGACACCCGCCUCUGAAAUGGAAGGGCAACGAGCGACUGGCACACCGACCAGUGCCAGAGCGAGGAGGGGCAGCAGGAAAGGGAAGGCCACUGUUCUUCUGAGCGGUGCAGUCGGGGCAGAGGCCCGGCGCCAGCAGUUCAGGCGUUUCUGCUACCAAGAGGCCGAGGGUCUGCACAAUGCCUACGGCCAACUCCGGAGCCUGUGCCAUCGAUGGCUGAAGCCGGAGAGGCACUCCAAGGAGCAGAUUUUGGAGCUGGUGAUAUUGGAACAGUUCCUGGCUGUUCUGCCCCCAGAGAUGCAGAGCUGGGUCAGGGAACGGGAGCCUGAGACCUGCGCCCACGUGAUCGUCCUGGCUGAGGAUUUCCUGCUAAGGCAACAAGAGGCAGAACAAUUGGGGCAGGAGGAGCUGGGACCCUUUGUGGAGGUGAUGGUGAAUUCUCCUGAGGGAGAGCAUGUUCCAUCAGAUGCUUGGCAGAAACCGCUCUUCAAGGAGAUCAAGCAGAAGGGCAACAGAGAUGCAGAAACACUCGACAGCCGUACGACGUCCCAGGAGGAGGAAGAGCUCGGGCAGCAAAGAGGUUCGGAGUUAGCGGAAGCACGCAGGAUGUUCCUGGGCAAAUCUGCCAGCCACCUCACGCUGAGGAGCGAGAGCUUUGAGGAAGCUUGCGGAUCAAAGCGGCAGCAGGAGUGGCUUCCUGCGAUGACAUGGGGGGCGCCGUUGCACCGGUCGGAAGCUGACGGGCCUGUUCCCGAGGCGGCGCUCCAUGGCGUGGCGGUCAAGUACCUUUGCCCCGAGUGCGGCCGGAACUUCCAGCACAAAUCGACCUUAAUCCGCCACCAGAAAAUGCACACGGGCGAGAAGCCCCACGUCUGCCUGGAGUGUGGAAAGAGCUUCCGCCGCAGGGACAAGCUGAUCCGGCACCAGAGGAUCCACACGGGGCAGAAGCCCCACGAGUGUGCCGAGUGCGGGAAGAGCUUCCGCGAGAGGGGGAAGCUCACCAACCACCAGAGGAUCCAUACCGGCGAGAAGCCCUACGCCUGCCCGGCCUGCAAGAAGACCUACCGCUGGAAGGAGGAGUUUGUGAAGCACCUGAGGAUCCACACGGGCGAGAGGCCCUACGGGUGUCUGCACUGCAGCAAGGCCUUCAUCAGCAAGGCCCACCUGGUCUCCCACCACCGCAGCCACACCGGGGAGAAGCCGUACGAGUGCACCGAGUGCCGCCGGCGGUUCUGCAGCAAGCAGAGCCUCGCCAAGCACCAACGGGUCCACGCGGAAGAGAACGCCUACGAGUGCCAGGACUGCGGGAAGGUCUUCCGCUAUGUUUCAAACUUCGCCAAACACCAGAGACUCCACACGAGCGACAGGAUCCUCUAGUGAGGAAUAAUUUAUACAGUGGUACCUCGGGUCAAGAACUUAAUUUGUUCCGGAGGUCCAUUCUUAACUUGAAACUGUUCUUAACUUUAGCUAAUGGGGCCUCCCGCUGCCGCCGCACGGUUUCUGUUCCCAUCCUGAGGUAAAGUUCUUAACCUGGGGUACUAUUUCUGGGUUAGCGGAGUCUUUAACCUGAAGCGUCUGUAACCUGAAGCGUCUGUAACCCGAGGUACCACUGUAAUAAUUUAUUUUAUGCACCCUGCCCAUCUGACCAGGUUGCCUUGGCCACUCUCGGCAGCUUCCCGCAGAAUAUACUAAAACACCACACACCGUCGUCACAUGUCAAAAGCUUUCCGAUGCAGGGCUGCCUUCAGAUCUCUAUGGAAAGUUGUAUAAUUACCUCCUUGGCAUCUGAGGGCAGGAUGCAGGAAGGUAGCCAGGAUUUAUGGUGGGGUGGGGCAGGACACACACAUGUCAUCCUCCUCUGUCUGGCUCUGUCCAGCAGAUUUGGAAUGAAACGUCUCAACAACCGUUCUUUUAAAUUACUUUCUUUUGACCCCCAAGUGCCCGAAAAAAUCUGUCAAAGCCUUCAGUUAUUUGAAAGCUAGGAAGUUAAAUAAAAAAUAAACAUCAUCGACUGAGGGCUUUCUGCUGUAUAGAAACUUCCAGUUGUUUCUAGGCUGGCCGUGCAGGUGCGCGCUCUCAGGAAAAAACGCCGGAAACAAUGAGAAGCUUCCAGAACUGAGCUACUUGCAACGCGAUUGGUCAGUUCACGGAAGCCAUGCCGAUCGCUCAGUUGGGUUGCCAGUUGUGUCACUAGAAUGCACCACAUCAACAAGUGACCUCAGCGAGCCUUUCAAUUUCAAAUAUUCUGAUUCUUUUAAUUAUUUUUAUUUAUUUACUUGAUGGGGGGUAGCUGCCCUCCUGACCCCUCGGCUACACCCAUAGGUGGGUGUUCCACAGGGCAGGCGCCACUGCCAAGAAGGCCCUCUGCCUGGUUCCCUGUAGCUUCACUUCUCGCAUUGAGGAAAUUGCCAGAAGACCUUCGGAGGAGGACCUCAGUGUCCGGGCUGAACGAUGGAGGUGGAGACGCUCCUCCAGGAACAAUUAUCAUUCCAUGAUAAAAACCCACUUUUCCUUUGACACUGUCAGACACCACAGACACCGGGCUUCUCUCCUGAGGCUCCCAAAAUCCCACCAGCCUGCAGACAUGAGAGAAUCCACUUGCUCGGUGGAAGGGCCUUAUCUCACCUGCACAUGCAGAAGGUCCCAGGUUCAAUUGCCCAAAAGCAUUUUCAUGUUCAGCAGGGAAGAGUCUCCCUGCCUGAAACCCUGGACAGCAGCUGCCAGUCAGUGUAGACACUACUGAACUAGAUGGAGCAACAGCCAAGUUCAGGAGAAGGCAUCUUCCUAUUAUCCUGUUUAUAACUGCUUAUAAAACCUAUUGCCUUGUUUCAGUUAGCCUUGUAUGCUCGAAAUCUUUGUAUCCACAUAAGGCUAGACAGCUGUGCAUUUCUUUGUUUGUCUGAAUGUGAGGAAUGAUGAUCUAUUUGUGCAAACUAAGCUAUUCCUGCUAAUUUGAGCAGGGAGACCCUCUGCUCAGUGGACAAACAUUUUGAGAAGCAAUUUACACAGCCGACCACCAACAGAUUACAGUGACUUCAGUGGCAGAAACCACUUAAACCAUUCAAGGGCCAAAUGUGGACUUGCCUCGGACAAGAGUCAUUUUUUAAAGUCUUGAUAAUGGAGAGAAAGGCUUCAGAACAUUCUGACCGCAGAAUCAUAGCUGGACGGUGGAAGCAUGAACGACCGCAAGGAACGUUUUUAGAGAAAGACUUGGAUCUGAACUGGCAGGUCCCUUCCCUAAACCUCCUGGUCUCAAUCCAUGACAUUGUGAGCCGGUGUUUCUAUGUGCAGUUUAGGAAACGCUGGUAAAAUUAGUAACACACUUUCUCAAAUGUUUCUGUUGUGAUUAUUGUGACAUACAUGGGGGGUAGUAGUAGUAGUGGUAGAAAUUAUUACCUACCCCUCACCCUAAGAUCCCAGGGCAGGUUAGAGCAAUUGAAAAACAUCAUUAAUUUUAGAAAGAGUGUAAAACAACUUGAAAUUACAAAAAUAAGUUGAGUCCUGAAAAUAUACACCUCAGGGUCGAAAGCAUUGUUUUUUAUAAAACCAUGACUCGUGUGGUGAAAGUGAACACUGUACCUUUAAAGCACAUUCUUUCCCUCAAAGAAUUCUGAGCCUUGUAGUUUACCCCUCACAGUUACAAUGCCCAGCAGCCCUUAACAAACUACAGUGCCCAGAAUUCUUUGAGGUGGGAAGAACACACUCUGAAUGUGCUUUAAAGGUGGUGUCUUGUAUGAAGCCUGGGAAGGCUUUCUCUCUCCCAUAACAUUAGAAACGGAGGGGUCAUCCAGUGAAUCUGACUGGCUGGACUUUCAGGCAUUGAGGUAGGUGGUAGAGCAGGCUUCUUCAAACUUGGCCCUCCAGAUGUUUUUGGCCUACAACUCCCAUGAUCCCUAGCUAGCAGGACCAGAGGUCGGGGAUGAUGGAAAUUGUACUCUCAAAACAUCUGGAGGGCUGAGUUUGAGGAGACCUGUGGUAGAGCAUCUGCUCUGCAAAUAGGCAGUGCAGGGUAGCGGUUAGAGUGCUGACCUAGGACUUGGGAGAUCAGGGUUCAAAUCCCCACUCGGCCAUGGUACUCACUGGCCAGUCACUGUCUCUCAGCCACACAAGGUUGGAAUCCUAGAAUCCUAGAGUUGCAAGGACAAUACAGGUUUUUGGGAGGGCAAAAUGGGAAGAGGGAGAAUCAUGUACACGAACUUCAGCUCCUGGGAUGCUGAUGCUGCAGAAAGGUCGCUGGUUCACUCCCCAGGAUCUCUAGGUAACACCAGGGGGGGGCGGGGAGAGAGACACUACCCCCCCUCCCGUCUGAAACCUUGGAGAGCCACUGGCAGUCUGUGUAGAGAACACUGAGUUAGAUUAUAAAAAUCAGCCUGGUAGCUUCCUCAGUUUCUCACGUGUUUCCAAGGUCACACGUCUUAAAGGCUUUUCUUAUUUUCACUUGUAAUGCAAAAAGGGGGCAUCUGUUGGGAAAGAUUGAAAUCUGCUCAGAUGGAUUUUGGUGGGGCUAUCUCCUGGGUAAAUGGGGUUAGGACUGCAGCCUAAGACACCUGCCUUAAUGUCGGCUCCA